CUCUCGGGAAGAUGGCGCCCUUAACUUGGGCACAAGUUAACCGGAGGAAACUUUGACCGCGAGCCCUAAACUCUAAGACCCUCUUGUCCUCCUGAGCUCUGCCCUCGGAUGUCCGACCGCCCAGAGCCUGCAUGCGCCGUGGGGCGCCCCAGGACCAGGAGCUGGUGGGUCCGGGGGCCCCUGGGCGGGGGUCCCGGGGCUCCCCUCCUUCCUCAGGACCCGUUGUCCCGGUGCUGGUCUUUCCCCCGGAUCUAGUAUUCAGGGCGGACCAGAGAAGUGGACCCCGGCAGCUGCUGACCCUCUACAACCCCACGGGAACUGCGCUUCGCUUCCGAGUUCUGUGCACAGCACCUGCCAAAUACACGGUAUUCGAUGCAGAGGGAUAUGUGAAGCCUCAGUCCUGCAUUGACAUUGUGAUACGGCACGUGGCCCCCGUCCCCAGCCACUAUGACGUCCAGGACAGAUUCCGCAUUGAGCUAUCUGAGGAGGGGACUGAGGGACGAGUGGUUGGAAGAAAAGACAUCACCUCUGUUCUUCGAGCCCCAGCGUACCCCCUGGAGCUUCAGGGACAUUCUGAGCCAACGCCCAGCCCAGGGCCUCCUGCGUGGACAGGACUGACCCCAGCCAGACAUCUUCAGGAGAAUGCCCCCCAGCAGCUGGCCACCAGCUCCUUCCUGCUCUUCUUGCUGGCAGGCGUCAUCUCUGUGGCCUUCCUGCUCCUGCCACUGCAGGAUGAACUUGGCAGCCAGCUGCCUCAAGUCCUGCACGUGUCCCUGGGACAGAAGCUGGUUGCGGCCUACGUCUUAGGCCUCCUCACCAUGGUGCUCCUCCGGACCUGAGCUCGCAUCUGAACCCACCUCACCCACGCUCUUCCUCGCAGGCAGGGACCUAAGGCAGCCACUGUGAUGUUUGUACCUUGCUCCCCCUCCCUCCCUUCUGCCCAUCCAUUGAUUGUCAGCCUCCCCACAGCAGGCACCUGGGAUUUAUACUCAUUUUCCAAGUUGAUUAAAAUACAUUUUAAAAAUCAAAA